AUGAAUUCAAAAAUUAAAGGAAUAACGGAUGAUAUAACAUCAAUUCCACCAGAAGAACAGAGAUAUUACGCAUUAAAUGCAUUUCCUAAAGUUUUGAAGAUUGGAAGAUUUAAUUUAAAUGAGGAAUUCAUAGAAGGUUUCCUAAAUGACAUAAUGAAGAAGGCAAAUAAGGAAUAUGUGGAUAGUGAGUUAAUGAAGAAGGCAAAUUUGGUUUAUGUGGAUAGUGAGUUAAAUAAGAAGGCAAAUUUGGUUUAUGUGGAUGAAAAAGAUAAUGAAAUUAAAGAAAAGGUUGAAUGGUAUCAUGAAUGGACAUUGGAGACUUUUAAAGUUAAAGCUGAUAAAGGAUGGGUUUCGGGAUGUUUAGACCUUAAAGCGGAUAAAACAUAUGUUAACAAUGAGUUAGAGAAGAAAGCAAAUAAAGAACAUACACAUAACUUCUUCUCAACUGUUGCUAUAGAAAGUAUUGAAGGAACGGUUGAGGGAACUGAUGGGGAUGCAUUAUAUUAUAAACCUCCUAACUUUCCACAAGGUUUAACAUCGAAUGAAAACAUAACAACGAAUAAAAAAAUUAGCUGUAAAAAUGUUUAUGUCAUGAGUAGUGAAAAUAAUGUUAAAUUCACUGCUCAAGAUUUAUAUGAUAAGAAAGCAGACAAAACAGAGCUUCAAACAUUAAAGACUCAGAUUCUUCAAACAUUAUAUCCUAUAGGCUCUAUUUAUACGUCAAUGAACUCAACAAAUCCAGCAACAGUUUUAGGUUUUGGUACGUGGAAGCAGAUUGUAGAUAAAUUCUUAUACUGUGCAAACUCUUCAAAGGAAACAGGUGGAAGUAAAACGAUUUCAGGUGAAAAUUUACCUGCACACAGUCACUACAUAGAUUUAAGUACAUCUCAAGCAGGUUGGCAUAAGCAUAGAUAUUGGGAUUGGUCAGGAAUGACAAAAGGUAAAGGAUAUGAUGUUAAAGACGACGUUAAGUUUGCUAUAAAUUGUUACUGGAGUGACACUCAAGGAGAAGGAAACCAUACACAUUUCGUUUCAGGAUAUACACAAACAACGGGACAAAGUAAAGAAUACAUGCCACCUUACAUGACGGUUUACGCAUGGUAUAGAGUUCAAUGA